AUGUUCUCCUUUGUUCUUCUCAGCGUACUCUUUGCGUCGGCCGUCAUCGCCGCGCCUUCAUCUUCCCCUUCGUCCUUGAACUCCACCUUUGCCGAUGCACAGGCGCAGAAGGUCGCCCAGCUUCGUCUUGCUCCGACUCAGGUCGACCGUAUCAACGUCCUCAGCGACGAAGAUCUUGUGUUCAGCUUCUCGAACCCGUCUACUCCCGUGGGCACUGUCACUGGCGCCGGCGGUCAUGCAGUGUUGGGUAUCUCCGGCAACUUCCCUGCUGUUGUUGGGAACAGCAUCUCCAUGAUCGUAGGACAUCUCGCACCCUGUGGCAUGAACACCCCGCACACCCAUCCUCGCGCCGCUGAGAUUCUCUACUCCGUCAAUGCCUCCCUCGUGAGCGGAUUCAUCAUGGAGGACGGUGCUCCGUACCGCGAAGUCAACAUCUCGGCCGGAUCAGCAACGGUGUAUCCCAUGGGCGCCGUCCACUUCCAGAUGAACCCCACUUGCGAGCCGGCGAUGUUUGUAUCCGGUCUCAACAGCGAGGACCCUGGCGCUCAGGAGGCUGCGCAACGCUUCUUUGGCCUUCCCCCCUCCAUCGUUGGCGCAACGCUCGGCGGGCUCGACGUUCAGGACGUCGCCGAGAUCGCGACUUUCAUCCCGGACAGCUUCGCGGACGGUGUGAACGCGUGUCUUGCGCGUUGUGGUAUCCAGCGGGGUUCUCAGCCUACCGCUCAGCAGGAGCCGCGGGUGUCUGCUAAUGCUUUGCCUACCGGUGUUGCGGCUUCGGCUUCGACGGCGAUCGCGACGGCCACGGGCAACGCGACUUCCGCGGCCGCGACUUCGACGGCUGCAUGA